UGGCUGCCAUGAGCGAAGAGGAAAUUCGAGAAAAAUAAAUAUAAAAUGUGACAUUGUCUCKAUCGCAAAGGCCUUAGCAAUCAAUGCAUUCAAGAUAGUAUGGCUAGUAAAGAAACCCUUGGUAGAAUACGACAUCUUGGUUUGGCAAGUCAACAGCGCCGUCUUCGGCAUUUGCACAGUGUAUCUGGAAGGAACAUUAUACCAAAGUUUGCUUUGUCAGGUGAUACUUUAGUUGAUUGUCUCCUUGAGACUUACUUCUCUUURCAUGACUAUGAGGGCAGUUGUGAAGCUAUUUACACAAGUGAGAAGAUCACCUAUUCUUUAAACCCAACUUGGGCAAGUUUUGAACUCAACACUGGUAAUGAWUUCUCGAAGAGCUCAUCAACAUUAUUCAUGGUUCGUUUAUGGGGAGGUCAAGGAAGUACAUUUUCACUUAUUAUUGAAUGGAAAGUAGAUUUGACAAUGUUACACUAUCUUGGAGAUCAGGUUAAAACAUCUAAUCAUCCUCCAAAUACUUUAAUCUUUGGACUUGUAGAUGGUUACUAUGGCGCCCCUAAUGCUGUGUCUAAGGGUGUGUUGGAGCCACAGCUUAAUUUAAGUGUGAAAGUUGAYAUGGAUCAGGUGAUGUCUAGUUACAAUAAGGCUUCCCUUCAAAGGCUUCGAUCACUUCAAMUUGCCAUCAGACAAACUCAAAUAUCAGUACAACAGUACCAGCAAUCCAUAGAAGCCAGCCUUUUAACUACAGAAAAAUCAAUGUUGCAGUUAUCAAAACGAGAAAGUGUCAAGUUGAGAUUGAAGUUGCUGAGAGAAGAGUUGGCAUCUAAAAAUACUUUAAUCARAAAAGAAAGAGAAGAAGAGAAAAAAAUGUUACAAACAAUAAGGAAAAGAGGUUGGCAUUCAUCCCACGUCUUAUUAUUUGCUUAUUCUGUCAAACGUACUAUAUCUAGAAAACGCAAAGAAUUUGAGGAAAAARAUAUKUCCUUGAGAGAACACAAACAGGCCCAYGUUGACAAACGAGAAUUGCUUUUAAAGUUAAAUGCUCAGCUAAACAUGAGGAAAAGACAGCUGACACGUGAACUAACCUAUAUCUAUCCUAUAAUCCAGAUGGGUGCAAAAGAUUUUUUCAUUUGUGGAGUACGACUACCAAAUACUGAAACAGAGGAAUUUUUUGCAACCGAUGAUGAGACUUUAUCAUGUGCACUUGGAUACGCAUGUCAUUUAGUAUACAUGAUAAGUAAAAUAUUAGAGGUCCCACAGCGAUAUGCCAUGAACCCCAUGGGAUCUAGAUCUACAAUCAUGGAUUACACUAUUGAAAAAGUUCAAGAGAAAGAUAGAGAGUUCCCUUUGCACACAAAAGGAAAAGAGAAAAUUCAAUUUUACUAUGGAAUAUUUUUAUUAAACAAAAACAUUGCUCAGCUACGUCAGUAUUGUAAUCUUGGCACACCAAACCUUAGAAACACUUUACCAAACAUCCAAGAUACUUUAGAAACAAAAUUUCAAGCCAGUAUGGAAAGCAGAAAGACUCCUAUCAAUGAACCCRSUCCAACAAUUAAAACUCCUCCAAAUAAUACUUCUCAACAACAAGGACCAAAGAUAGACAGUGUUGUUACACCAUCAAUUAGUCCUAAAAAACCUCCUUUGAUGCCAAAACCCGUAAACAUUCAAAGACAAACAGUUGAGGAUGGAAGUAGGAAAUCGCCAAACACUAGUCCUUCAAAACCACCUUUACCACCAAAACCACAUGGCUUGAGACAUAGCAGUAAAACAAAGGACACUUUAUCAGACCGUGAAAAUGAACUAUUGAGUGUUGUCAACUAUGAUUUUGUAACUGAUGCAGAAGGACUUCAGUCACAAAGUCUWCCAGUUGAACCAUCAUCAWCAAAAAACAAUGGAACAGUUCAAUUAGAAUCAUCAAUCAAGCCACCACCACAAAGUGCAACACAUAAAUUCUUUGAAAAAAAGUUAAAAAAGAGUAGUCGUUCAUUCUCAAGCACAGACUUUUCGUCUGCAACCAAGGAUUCAAAACAUAACUCAACAUGGAGUAGAAAGAGAAGGUCACUGAAUGAUCUUAGGGGUGUCCCAGUUGAGGUGAUGCGGGAGAGAGUAGCUUUGAGUGCUAAACAUGGCACCACAACAAUUGCUGAGCUUGAAGGUGGCUCUUCUGCAACAGAAAGUCAAAAGUCAAAUACUGAGGUUGAAUCACAAAAUGACCAAUUUCAGAAUCCUUCAAAUGGUAUUGAUGACGCUAAACAAAAUACAAGUGAUCUUUUAUAAUCAAUAUACAGUGAGUUAUAGAUAAUAUGCUAGAACACAUUUUUAUCAGGCAAAAGUUAGCAAACUAAAACAGUCAAUUGAUUAAUAUUGUUUUUCCUUUCUUUGUUUUCCAAUUAUUAUUAAUAAAUUAAAUGUGAUUUUCAGACUCUGAGGUGACAAAGUAUUGACCUCUAAAUAUGUUUGUGCAAUCUAAAUAACAAUAUUAUUCUGUACUAACUAGCCACUCAUUAAUGCAGAAAUACAAAAUAUAUUUCCAUGGAUAAGUAGCUACAGCCAGUUUUUUAUUUUAUCUUUGAUGUUCUGUCUUUACCAUUGUUGCUGGAUUAAACAUGGUU